AACACCAUAGUCCUGGCGCAGCAAAAGGCGAGGCUCGUCGUCGAUGAGCGCUGUGGGGCCCGCGCCCCCGCGGGCGCGCUCGUCGCCGCCAGGGCAGAGCUGCAGGAGCCCCCAGCCGAGCAGCUGGGCAUCGGCGGGCGUCGGCGCCUUCGGCGCCGAGGGGAGCGCGACGAGGCCAGGGGCCUCAUCGCCGCGGGUCUCCGCCGCGACCAGGCCAGCUCGUUGAAGCAUCUGAUGAGCUGGGAGUCGGUGCUCACCUCGAACAUCGCCACUGGGGAGGACGAGCACGCACAGCCCAGCAUCGCGCACUGUCGCUACAGUGAGCGGAUGUGGCAUUCGUGGCAGGAGUGCGUGGAACGGUGCGUGGAGGACGGGAUGGCGAGGCGCAUGCUGCUCGUCGGCCUGCCCGAGGGCGAGCGUCGCGCC